CAACCGACAACUCCCUCCUUCUCAUCUUCACUCAACUCACCCACAAUGUCCAUGCCCCCUCCAGGUCCCCCAAAAUCAACAGUGCCAGCGACCAAGUCGCCCCUGUCGCGCUCGCCCGGCAACAAGUCGCCCAGCAAGUCACCCCUCCUCAAGCCGCUCACCCCGAGCAAUCCUCCCGAAGCCGGCACCCUCGCCGACGCAAUCUCCAAGAUCGACUCGCUCCGCCUCUCACAGCCUCCAAGUGCGGCCACCUCGCCCGUCCCUUCCGGCGCGUCGAGCCCCGGCACUAGCGCCGCUGCCGUUCCUCCAAUGACCAGCGCCGCGGCUGCUGUGCGUCGUGCCAGCGGUGACAUCACGAAGCAUGCCAGCCCGCCUGCGACCCCACACUUUGGUGCCCAGAGUGGCAUGCUCAAGACGCUCGACGAGAGCACAAAGAUUCUGAGAGCGAACGCGAAAGAAAAGGGCCUCGAACGUGCGCCUUCAGUCUCGGGUAUCGGUGGUGUCGUGGAAAAGCCAGACUACUCUGAGGCCAAGAUUGUUGUCGCCAUGGUUGGUCUGCCUGCGCGAGGCAAGUCGUACCUGAGUAACAAGGUCAUGCGGUACCUGAGGUGGCUCGAGUAUAACGUCGAGGUGUUCAACGUGGGACAGCUGCGUCGCUCCAAGGCGCGCAGAGAUCUGGAGGAGAACGGCGAGAAGGCGGACCACUCUGCCCAGUUCUUCUCGGACGAGAACCCGGACGCCAAGGCCUCCCGAGAGAAGCUGGCCGAAGAGAGUCUGGAUAACCUCAUCACCUGGCUGAAGAAGAAGGGAGGAAAUGUCGGCAUCAUGGACGCUACGAACAGCACCAUUAGCCGCCGUGACAAGAUUAGAGAACGGGUCAAGAAGGAGCCUGGACUCCAGCUCCUGUUCCUCGAGUCGUACUGCGAUGACCCGGCCCUCAUUGCCGCCAACGUCGCCCUCAAGGCCAGCUCUGGUGACCCCGACUACAAGGGCAUGUCGCAGGAGGAGGCUGUUGCCGAUUUCCGCAAGCGCAUUGCUGCGUACGAGAAGGUCUACCAGACGAUCGCCGAGCCCGACAUUAGCUUCUGCCGCAUUCAAAAUGUGGGGCAGCAGGUGUCGAUCAACAAAAUCGAGAGUUACCUCCAGAGUCGAAUCGCCUUCUACCUCAUGAACCUCCACCUCAAGCCGCGCAGCAUCUAUCUGUCAAGGCACGGCGAGAGCAUGUACAACGUCGAGGGCAAGAUUGGAGGCGAUGCCGAACUGUCGCCCCGCGGCAUGCAGUACGCCCGUGCGCUGCCAGACAUGGUCAAGAAACACAUCGGUGGCGGCGGCGUUGAGGUUUGGACGUCGACCCUUACGCGCACCAUCCAGACCGCCUCGUUCUUACCGUUUGAGAAGAAGACUUGGAAGGCGCUGGACGAGCUCGACGCCGGUGUCUGUGACGGCAUGACCUACGAGGAGAUCGAGGAGAAGUACCCCGAGGACUACGAGGCUCGCGACGAGGACAAGUUCAACUACCGCUACCGCGGAGGCGAGUCUUACCGCGAUGUCGUUGUCCGCCUCGAGCCCGUCAUCAUGGAGCUGGAGCGCCAGGAGAACAUUCUCAUCAUUGGUCACCAGGCUAUUAUCCGUUGCCUGUACGCCUACUUCAUGGGCCUGAGCCAGGAGGAGCUGCCCUACAUCAAGGUGCCUCUCCACACCCUCAUCAAGAUUUCUCCACGCGCGUACGGCUGUCUGGAGGAGAGGUUUGCCCUGCCCAUUGCUGCGGUCGACACACAUCGCUCCAAGCCCAGCAAGGAAGGCAAGAACCCAACGUACGGCCUGUCCAACCUCCCUACUGGCGACGUCCCGGUCCACGACACGAGUGCACGCAAGUACUACGACCAGACUGCCGACGCCGACAAGGCCGCCGCUGAUGCUGCGGCACCUACUCCCAAGGCUGCCGAGGCGUAGGGCGGUGGCGAGGUGCAUGCCGCCACGUGCCGCGAACCACAUAGAGGAGAGUGUAACGCAUCAGAUUGAAAUGGUUGUAAGAUCCACU